UUUCCACAAAGCCAGUCAGCUACUCAGUGAAAAGAUCAGCGGUGCCGAGGGGACCAAGCUGGAUGAAGACUUCAUGGAGAUGGAGAGGAAAAUUGAGGUGACCAACAAGUCGGUGUUUGACCUCUUGUCCAAAACAACAGAAUACCUCCAGCCUAACCCAGCCUCUCGAGCCAAACUGAACAUGCUGAACACGGUGUCUAAGAUCCGAGGGCAGGUGAAGACUACGGGCUACCCUCAGACCGAAGGCCUGCUGGGAGACUGCAUGCUGCGCUACGGCCAGGACCUGGGAGAGGACUCUGUCUUUGGCUGUGCUCUGGUGGACGUGGGCGAGGCCAUGAGGCAGAUGGCGGACGUGAAGGACUCUCUGGACAUAAGUGAACAAAACUUUAUUGACCCGCUGCAGACUCUACAGGACAAGGACCUGAAAGAAAUCACG